ACUGCAUCGACCGGUUUGUCAAACGAUCUCUGAAAACUUCAUUUACGAAAGAAAACGUCUGCUAUUAACUCAUAUCCUGUCUUUCUUUAGUUUAAAUUUAAUUCAAAAUAACUGUUUCAACGGCGCAAAGAGUUAUAAAGUUUUUGUAUCGAACAUAUCCUGAAUUAAAACUUGUUGGACCUCUGUGCACAUCGGACGCAACAAUCCUUUGUUAUCCUAUCUCUGCUUUUGCUAGUUCAAACAAAGACUACGAUGGAAGUUGAAGCCGCUAAAUCCACCGAGAUCCGCUGCCAAGAGAUGUCGAAGGGCGGCCUGGCGUAUGAGGUGAUCCUCGCGGAGCCCGUCGGCGUGCCGGUGCCUCGCCGCGCCGACUCGCCCGAGAAGACGCCCUCCGUCGAGGAGAUCCAGGAGAAACUCAAGGCGGCCGAGGAGAGGAGACGUAGCCUGGAAGCCAGCAAAAUGGCGGCCAUCGCACAGAAGAUGCAGAAGAUUGAGGAGGCGUCCCGCAUCCGCAGCGAACAGACGAACAACUUCAUCGUCACCACCAAGGAGGCUCUGGACGCCAAGAUGGAGACGCACGAGGAGAAGCGUGAGGCUUACAUCAACGAGCUCCGCGCGCGCCUCAAGGACCACCUGGAGGGCGUCGAGAAGACCAGGUUGACCCUGGAGCAGCAGACGACGGAGGUGUACAAGGCCAUCGAGGAGAAGAUGAACACCGCCGCCGACAAGCGCGACGAGAACAUCAAGAAGAUGCUCGAGCGCCUGCGCGAACAUGAGGAGCAGGUCCGCAAGGUGCGCGCCGGCAACCACGAGCGCUUCCAGCAGCUGGAGAGCGCCAUCCAGGAGAAGCUGCAGCAGGCCGCCGACCGCCGGCUGCUGCUCGAGGCCGAACAGAAGGAGAAACUGCGCAACCACAACAUUAAGCUAGCUGAGAUGCGCUCAGCUGCGACCGCCAAGGUCGAGGAGAUAACGAAGGACAUCGAGAGUAAACUCACCACGGCCGAGCAGAAUAGGGAGAAGGAGAUCCAGAAAAAACUGGAUUUCGUCAAGAAGGAGGAGCGGCGCGCGGAGCUGGUGCGGCAGAACAAGAGCGCGCGCGUGGACAGCGCGGGCGCCGCCACCUCCGGCUAGAGCCGCCGCGGCCACGCUGCCGAGGCUACCACACCUACGAUGACAGUUCCAUACAGUGUUGCCAUGUGUUUACAUAAUUUAGGGUUGUCGGAAAUUGCACGUCGUCUAGACGGUCGCUUAGCGAGCGUUUGUGCGCUCUAUUUGCAUUUAUGUAGUCUUACAUCUCGGUUGUUGUUUAGUUUCGUGAUUUUGAAAGGCUUGCGUCGUCGAAGCGCCAGCGGAGUCUCAUAUCACUUCGCUGGUGUUCCGAGGCACAAUGGAUGACUGAGGACGUCAUGAAUUGCCACACGUCGGUACGAGACUUAUUAUUUUUGUUACAUCUUAGAGCCACUCGAUGGUAUCAGCGGCAAGUCUCGGCGACGUGAGUAAUUCAUGACGAUAGAUUUAAGGUCUUUUGGCUGGUCCAGUAGGAAAAUUUGUACCUCGGUGUAAAACGUGAAGGCGCCAUGUAGACGGCUGAUAUUGCGUCUGUGCUGUAACAUCUCAAAAUAUUGUGAUAAAACAUUACAAACAAAAUAUUCCACUAUCAUUGCACUCGGUUCAGCAUCCUCACAAUAUUUGUGUUACACCCCCAGACGCGCUUACUUUGUGACACCAAUUGUCCCUCGUGAUCAUGCUUACGACAUCUUUGAUUCAAUAUUUUAUGUUUCGUUAAUUUAUUAUCACUGGUACUAUGGCAACUUUGCUAUACACUUUAAAUAACAAUUAUGGCCUAUUUCAAAUGAUGUACUUAAUUAAAUAUGUCUUAGUCGUGAUCCCACUAAGAACCAACUUUUUAGUAUACCAAUCGAUGAUUUCCUUGAAUGAUUUGACAUCUUUUGUUCUAUCUUGGCAUACUAAGAAUUGGACGGUCGCAUUCAGGGUUCUGUGCCUCCGCAUACUUGCCUAUUAUUUUUAUAUGAUUCAAUUUUAAUUUGUAGACAACUGAACUUUGCAGAGGCUAUAUUAUAUUUUUGGACGGAACCCACGGCAAAUGAAAUGAAUGACGAAUGAGAAUUGUAAGCAAGCUGGCGGGACGAAGCUGAACGGUGGAACGAGAACUAUCCCUAAUCGUUAGAUAUAGACUUAUAUCAUUAUUUUUAAUGUUUAUCAUACGCAACAGUAUUUUUAGGGUGUUACAAUCUAAAUUUAAGUUUUUAUCAUGUUCUUAUAAUUGAAUCGCCGUAACGCUAUUAACUAUUCAUUACUCGAUACAUUGUUUUCUAUUGUGUUGUCGUUGAGUUAGGAAGACUGUCGUGUCGCGGGUUGUUUGUGGCUGCGUUAGGUUCGUCAAGUCGGUGGUAGGUAGUGGUCGGUGUACCGCACGGCCGCGGACUGGCCCGGGGCCGGCCCCGGCCCCGCGGCCCCACCUGGCCUUCGGGGCCAGUCCGCGCGGGGCCACAGCAUCUAGUCUACAAGUUUCCAUUUUAGUCGUAUCACUUCCUUUUAUGAUCUCAAUCGGAUACAAUAAAUUUAUAAAAUAGAAGGGUGGUUAGUUGAUUAGUUAACAGCGGAAGUGCCUCAGUAUAUUCGGUAAUCGGCUCUUGGAUAAUACCAACAAGUGUAACGUAUAAAACUGCCUUCAUAGCGUUUGAUAUUUUUUUAAUUGUAGAUGGCGAGGGCGCCGUGCCGCGGACGUAAUGGUGUGUUGGACACAAACCGCUUCUGUGAUGUUUUUGCUCUAGUGAUAUUAUGUAUCGUAUCGUUCGGUUAGGCACAAAUAUAUCGACGGACACGUGCUCGUGCUGCAGUCGCUCGACUGUCAAAUGAGACUACUCCCGUAUUUGAUAGUAUAUUUUUGGCAUUCAUUUAGCUAUGGUCUGUUUUAACGUCAAAGAUAUGAUAAUAAUUGUAUAUAAUAUUAAGAGAUGAUGUAUCGAUGCUUGGCGCGUAGAGCGCGGCGGGGCGAGUUGCUUGCCUGCUUCUCCUCUAUGUUACUAACGCUGAUAUGAGUAAGGGAACUAGUUGUAAGUUACUAGCUUGUUUCUCGGUGAAGAAGUGAAAACCUCUGACCAAUUUGCCUUGGGUAUUGUGUAGCCUUUUAGAUUCUCACGAUCGAGACGAAUCAUGUAUAGCGAUGCAACAUAUAGCUUUCAGAUAAUUAUAUUUUUGUGUUUCGUAAUUUUUGCGUAAUGUUAGUCACUCUCCUAUCUCUUAUUAUGGUGUUAUUAUCGUUAAUUUUUAUAUUUUAUGUGAUUAAUUAUAUUAUUAAUGUGCUUCAGUUUGUGAGGUAUAUGAAAAUUGCUGUUUGAAGUGCAGGCAACUUUUGUAGUUUCAUUGUCGUAUUAAAUAAACUCAUAAAUACUAAUAA